GGCACUUCACCUCAGCAGAGGAUCUGAACCUGUUGAUCGCCAAAAACACACGACUGGAGAUCUACGUGGUGACAGCGGAGGGGCUGCGGCCCGUCAAGGAGGUGGGGAUGUACGGCAAGACCGCCGUCAUGGAGCUCUUCCGCCCCAAGGGGGAGAGCAAGGAUUUGUUGUUCAUCCUGACAGCCAAGUACAACGCCUGUAUCCUCGAGUACAAACAGAACGGGGACAGCAUUGAUAUUAUAACCCGUGCCCACGGCAACGUGCAGGAUCGCAUCGGCCGUCCCUCAGAGACCGGCAUAAUUGGCAUCAUUGACCCAGAGUGCCGGAUGAUCGGCCUGCGGCUAUACGACGGCCUCUUCAAGGUCAUUCCCCUGGACCGGGAGAACAAGGAGUUAAAGGCUUUUAACAUCCGCCUGGAAGAGCUCCAAGUCAUCGAUGUGAAGUUUCUCUACGGCUGUCAAGCUCCAACCAUCUGCUUUGUCUACCAGGACCCUCAGGGUCGUCACGUCAAGACGUACGAGGUGUCCCUGCGUGAGAAGGAGUUUAACAAAGGUCCUUGGAAACAGGAGAACGUAGAGGCUGAAGCCUCCAUGGUCAUCGCAGUGCCAGAGCCUUUUGGAGGCGCGAUCAUCAUCGGGCAGGAGUCUAUCACCUAUCACAACGGAGAUAAAUACCUAGCUAUAGCCCCACCUAUCAUCAAGCAAAGUACGAUUGUGUGCCACAACCGCGUGGAUCCCAACGGGUCCCGUUACUUGCUGGGGGACAUGGAAGGACGACUUUUCAUGCUGCUCCUGGAGAAGGAGGAACAGAUGGAUGGCACUGUCACCUUGAAGGACCUGCGCGUGGAACUGCUCGGCGAGACAUCCAUUGCAGAGUGCUUGACCUACCUGGACAAUGGAGUUGUAUUUGUCGGUUCUCGGCUUGGGGAUUCCCAGCUUGUGAAGCUCAACGUGGACAGCAACGAGCAGGGCUCCUACGUAGUGGCUAUGGAGACCUUCACCAACCUUGGUCCCAUCGUUGACAUGUGUGUGGUGGACCUGGAAAGACAAGGCCAAGGGCAGCUCGUCACAUGCUCGGGUGCGUUUAAAGAGGGUUCACUGCGGAUCAUCCGGAAUGGCAUUGGAAUUCACGAGCACGCCAGCAUUGACUUGCCGGGGAUUAAAGGCUUGUGGCCCCUGAGGUCGGACUCUCAUCGUGAAACGGACAAUACGUUGGUGCUGUCCUUUGUCGGCCAGACCAGGGUUCUUAUGUUAAAUGGAGAGGAAGUAGAAGAGACGGAGCUCACAGGGUUUGUGGAUGAUCAGCAGACUUUCUUCUGUGGCAACGUGGCACAUCAGCAGUUGAUCCAGAUCACCUCUGCCUCUGUGAGACUGGUUAGUCAGGAGCCCAAAGCCCUGGUGAGCGAGUGGAAAGAGCCCAAUGGAAAGAACAUCAGCGUGGCUUCCUGUAACAGUAACCAGGUAGUGGUGGCCGUGGGACGAGCCCUGUAUUACCUGGAGAUCCGACCCCAGGAGCUCAGGCAGAUCAGCUGCACAGAAAUGGAGCAUGAAGUUGCUUGCCUGGACAUCACUCCUUUGGGGGACACCAACGGCAUGUCCCCACUGUGUGCAAUCGGGCUCUGGACUGACAUCUCUGCCCGCAUCCUCAAGCUGCCUUCGUUUGAACUGCUGCACAAAGAGAUGCUGGGAGGAGAAAUUAUCCCUCGCUCCAUCCUGAUGACGACCUUCGAGAGCAGCCAUUACCUUCUCUGCGCCCUGGGGGACGGAGCUCUCUUCUACUUCGGGCUCAGCCUCGAGACUGGUUUGCUGAGCGACCGGAAGAAGGUGACCCUUGGGACCCAGCCCACCGUCCUGAGGACUUUCCGCUCUCUGUCCACCACCAAUGUGUUUGCCUGCUCUGACCGCCCCACCGUCAUCUACAGCAGUAACCACAAACUGGUCUUCUCCAACGUCAACCUGAAGGAGGUGAACUACAUGUGUCCCCUUAACUCGGAUGGGUACCCCGACAGCUUGGCGUUGGCCAAUAACAGCACCUUGACCAUCGGCACCAUUGACGAGAUCCAGAAGCUGCACAUCCGCACGGUUCCCCUCUAUGAAUCGCCCAGGAAGAUCUGCUACCAGGAGGUAUCACAGUGUUUCGGGGUGCUCUCAAGUCGGAUCGAGGUGCAGGAUGCCAGUGGGGGCACCACUGCGCUCAGACCCAGCGCCAGCACCCAGGCUCUGUCCAGCAGCGUGAGCACCAGCAAGCUGUUCUCCAGCAGCACGGCACCGCAUGAGACAUCCUUCGGAGAAGAGGUGGAGGUGCACAACCUGCUCAUCAUAGAUCAGCACACCUUCGAAGUGCUUCACGCUCACCAGUUUCUGCAGAACGAGUACGCCCUCAGCCUGGUCUCCUGCAAGCUUGGCAAGGAUCCGAACACCUACUUCAUCGUGGGCACCGCCAUGGUGUAUCCCGAGGAGGCAGAGCCCAAACAGGGACGCAUUGUCGUCUUCCACUACUCUGACGGGAAGCUGCAGAGCCUGGCUGAGAAGGAGGUGAAGGGCGCUGUGUAUUCCAUGGUGGAGUUCAAUGGGAAGCUGUUAGCCAGCAUCAACAGCACGGUGCGCCUGUACGAGUGGACAGCUGAGAAAGAGCUGCGCACAGAGUGCAACCAUUACAACAACAUCAUGGCGCUCUACCUGAAGACCAAGGGAGACUUCAUCCUUGUGGGAGAUCUGAUGCGGUCCGUCCUCCUCCUUGCGUACAAGCCUAUGGAAGGAAACUUCGAGGAGAUUGCCCGGGACUUCAAUCCAAACUGGAUGAGUGCCGUGGAGAUCCUGGACGACGACAACUUCUUGGGAGCAGAGAAUGCUUUCAAUUUGUUUGUGUGCCAGAAGGACAGCGCGGCCACGACCGAUGAGGAGCGCCAGCAUUUGCAGGAGGUGGGACUGUCCCACCUGGGAGAGUUCGUCAAUGUUUUCUGUCACGGGUCUCUGGUCAUGCAGAACCUGGGUGAGACAUCCACGCCAACACAGGGCUCGGUUCUCUUCGGCACAGUCAACGGCAUGAUCGGACUAGUGACCUCACUGUCGGAGAGCUGGUACAACCUCCUGCUGGACAUGCAGAACAGGCUGAAUAAAGUCAUCAAGAGCGUGGGCAAGAUUGAGCACUCCUUCUGGAGAUCGUUUCACACCGAACGCAAGACAGAACCGGCUACGGGCUUCAUUGACGGUGACCUGAUCGAAAGCUUCCUGGACAUCAGCAGACCCAAGAUGCAGGAGGUGGUGGCAAACUUGCAGAUCGAUGACGGCAGCGGCAUGAAGAGGGAAGCCACCGUAGACGACCUGAUAAAGAUCGUGGAGGAGCUGACCCGGAUCCAUUAG